AUGGAGCCUCAGUUAUCUCAGAAUUCCCAACAACCUCGGAAACGCAGACACCAAAAGCCACGAGUGCUGCUGUCUUGCAACACCUGCAGGAAAGACAAGUUGAAAUGCGACCGGAGAAAGCCCUGCGCAACUUGCGUGAAACGACAUCGGGAAGCAUCAUGCGCAUACGGUCGUGAAAGGCCGGCUCCAGCAAAUAAUGCAGGCAGUUCGACAAUUAACGAUCGCCUCUUAGUUGACGAUCGUUUACGCUCCUUUGAUGGAAGACUCAGGCAUUUGGAAGAUGAAAUAUCCAAGAAAAAUUUAUCUUGGCCCGAAUUGCGAGAUGCUGAGUUGCCUUGUCCUACCACACGGCGCAGUGGCUCCGAUACAAUAUCAUGUCGAGUGGGUUCAAAACCUUUGCUCGACUCGGAAUCUCGAUGUGGUAUAUCGCAACCGACAAGUAACGACACUCUCUUUACGAAUCAAAAUCAUUGGCUAGCCAUCAUGAACGACGCUACUACAGAGCUUGUGAGAUAUAACAUCAAUAUUGAAGACGGCUUGGAAAAUAAGCAACAAAGAAGUUGCCAAGGCCCAGCGCUACUCACAGGCUUUUUCAAAGACACGUUGUUCAUGGAACAUCUCGGAAAAUUACCACCGCGAGAAACCGCUGAUGCGCUUGUGUAUCGAUGUCUGGAUUCUACGGAACCAUUUCUGAUUACUAUACACGCUCCGACCUUCAAACAAGAGUAUUUGGAAUUCUGGCAAAAUCCCGAAAGUUUCCCUCCAGCCUGGCUGUCGCUGCUCUAUGGAAUUCUAUGCUGCAGUAUAUGGAUGGACCAUACCACUGACUCAAAUGUGGCAGGCUUGAGUCUGCCCAGUGAUUUUGAGUUUUAUCGUAUUCAGAGCGCAGCUUUCUUGGCGAAAUCGGACAUGGCGAUUCCUGGAAAAUACAAGGUUGAGGCGGCUGUUGUUUAUCUGGGAAUGGAGUAUGAGCGGACUGAUAAUCUGAAGACUGAUGUCUCUGUUUUGCUAGGACUAGUGUCGCGACUGGCGAUUGUAAGUGGAUAUCAUCGUGACACUCAAAUCCAUAACCAGAUAACCAUUUUCGAGGCAGAAAUGCGUCGACGAGCAUGGCUUACGCUUUUGGUGACGGAUUGUGUCGUAGCGUAUGAGACUGGGCUGCCCAGAGUGGUUCCCAGCCAACUGGGGGAUGCGAAACGCCCUCGAAAUUUGCUGGACGAAGACUUUGACCCCUUCACUCUAGAGCUGCCAUCAGCUCGAAUCGCUACCAGGGCCUGCAACAGAAUUAUAUAUAUGGAAAAGAUGAAUUCGAUAUUAUCUAUGGCUGCCGAUAUUGCGGAUUUAGCACCUGAUCUCGCAUCUCAACCUAAGAAAGUUGCCAGCCUAUGCGAACAAUUGAAUGCUAUCAGAGACAGUAUCCCCACGGUCCUUCGUAUUGCAUCAACUGGGUCGUCAAUCACGGAUGAAAAAAUGGCCAUUUGGAGAUCUAACUUGGAGAUGACAUAUCAGCGUACCUGCUGUGUCCUACAUCGUCCAUUUCUCACAAAGAGAUCAACGGACUUCCAAACGCAAUCUUUUCGAGAGACGUGCGUUUCUGCGGCAGAAAGAAUACUGGAGCUAGAAAACGAGAUCUUCCAGGUAUAUUCGCGUAAAACUUCGAACCGUCAUAAAGUCUGGUUUCAGGCCUCGCGCUGUGUUUCUGAUGGACUUACGGCUGCAAUGGUGGUAUGCUUAGAGCUGGUGUAUCGGAGGGAAGCAGAGGAGUCAACAAGUCCUGUGGACUCUGACCGGCUAGUUCAGUUGCUGAAAAGUCUGUAUGAGAGCUGGAAGAGUGCUCCGAGGAUUUCUUUUGAGUUUGAUGCAGCUGCCAAGAUUUUGGUCGUGAUGCUACGUCGACUGGGAAUCUGUAAACAAAAUCGAGGUUCGGAUGAAGCCAGUUCAUCUCGGCAAAUGGAGCUCUGCAGCUCAGACGUAUUGCCUCAAGAGCCUUGUCCUACACAUGAUAUGGAAGAUGACGAGUUUACGUCUUCACAAAAUGCCAUCUACGAGCUGCUUAGUAUUGAUACGAUGGAAGAUUUAUUUGACUGGGUAAGCAAUAUUCCACACCCUGAGUUUUAG